CAUACGCGUUUACUUCCACUGCAAGCAUGGCUGGCGACAGUGAAACACAUCUUAAUGGCAGAGAAGAGAACGGCCAUACCAUACGACAGCCUUUCCUCAUCGGUGUGUCCGGGGGCACCGCCAGUGGAAAGUCUUCAGUUUGUGAGAAGAUCAUGGAGAUGUUGGGCCAGAAUAAAAUUGACCAUCAUCAACGCCAGGUGGUUAUCCUGAGUCAGGACAGCUUUUACAAGGAGCUUACACCUGAACAGAAGGCCAAAGCAGUCAAGGGCCAGUUCAACUUUGAUCACCCAGAUGCUUUUGACAGUGAACUUAUCAUGAAUACCCUGCGUGAUAUUCUUCAAGGAAAGACGUUGCACAUCCCUGUGUAUGACUUUGUUACCCAUUCCAGGAAGGAUGAGUUUUUGACCGUAUACCCAGCGGAUGUGGUUCUGUUUGAGGGGAUUCUCAUGUUUUACUCGCAAGAGAUUCGAGACCUGUUUCAAAUGAAGCUGUUUGUGGACACCGACCCUGACACGAGACUCUCACGAAGAGUGUUGCGGGACAUCAGUGAGAGAGGCAGAGAGUUGGAACAGGUUUUGACCCAGUACAUUACUUUUGUAAAGCCAGCUUUUGAGGAGUUCUGUCUUCCAACCAAAAAGUAUGCCGAUGUCAUCAUUCCUCGUGGAGCAGACAACCUUGUGGCUAUUAACCUGAUCGUGCAGCAUAUUCAGGAUAUCCUGAAUGGAGGAUUCACUAAACGACAGAAUGGUUCAGUAAACGGCCAUGGAACUCCCAGACAAAGAAGGACAUCGGAGUCCAGUAGACCUCACUGACCUCACUGUGGCCCUUCCCUCUAUUGAGGAGAAGGCAGGACUGACUAAUAGCUGUGGGCAUCCCUUUUGUCCAGUGAAAAACGAAGGGAUGCAGGAGCUGAAAUGCCUUUGUUAUUGUUAGCAUUUGAAUUUUGCAUUUGGAUGACUUUUUAAUUUUAUUUUUUCAGAGUGUUAUGAAGGUGCUGUGUUUUUGGAAGGUUUAAUUCCACACUCAGUAUUUCCUGUCAGUGUGUCUAUCUGCUUUCUCAGCUACUUAGAAAAUAAAAGAAUAUGGAAUUUUGUUUUUGGUCCGACUAAAAGUAGAGACCCCUUUUAUCACAGUACCAUUGGCACAAAUACUUGAAGUCAGAGCUCAGGUUGGGUAGGUUUUCCAUCUGCAAAGAAAAAAACCCUAGUACCUCAUAUAUGAGGCCCUUUAUGUGUGUGUGUGGGUUGAGAGACUGUACAGUAUGUGAUUGUGUAAAGAUGACAGUAUGGUAGACUAGCAUGUAUAUUACAUUCUAAUGGUCAUGAUUUUUUUGCGCUAAUUUCUAGUUAAAUCUCAACUUUGUUACAUGGUUAUAUUUUUAAUAAUCAUACUGUUUUGUUUUGUACAUGAUAUGACACAAUUUGGCAUAUUUGUCUGUACCUGUAAGUGAUUUAAAAGUGUUACAUGGGUUAUAGAAAACUCCUACUUCGUGUUAGAAGAAAUUGUCUAAUGUUUUAAAUACAAUAUGUUAGUUUGCCAUUUAGGGUAAACUUUUGCCAAAGUUAUACCAGUAGUAUUAAAUGUCCAGUUACCAUACGAUAGACCACAUCUAAUUUUCCAUUAUGGGUUAUUUUUCCCAAUAUUAAAAUGUCACGUGUAACGUAAAAUACCUCUAAAAAAUACAGUGAUCUUCAACACUAAUAUAUACAACGCAUUUAAAUGUACUGUAUGGCAUAUAGCACGUAAACCAUGCUUUUACACUGGGAAUUACUUGAAGCAUAUUUUAUUAAGUGGUUUAAAUCCCCCUCGCACUCAUGUGAGCAGUUUUUGUACCUUGAAAUUUUACCAGAUGACCUCUUUUUGGUAAUGCAGUUGGUU